AUGCACGACCGAGAAUUCAUUCUCAAGUUUCAAGAUAUAUCUCCAAUCGAAGAGGCAACCCAAGCCCUGAAGCCUCUUGUUGCGGCUCUGAAGAUGAAGCAGAUGAAAAUUGAAGAGGGAGAGGUGAUUGAUGGAACUUUGGUCAAGAUCAGUGAAGAUGACUUUGCUUUGGUGCUCAUAAUGCACCACAUCUGCACGGACCGAAGUAAUACACAAUCAUUCAUAACGCAGCUAUCCGCGAUUUAUGACACCUUCCAUCAGAGAGGGAACAUCAGCACAAUCCCGAGUCCCAAGUUGAACUACGGAGACUUCACCCUGUGGCAUAAUGACUUACUGUCAACCAGCUCCAUGAGUUCGGAAAUCGAAUUUUGGAAGAAUCAGCUAUCUGGAAUGCCUUCUAGCUGUGAGCUGCUACCCUUUGCCAAGUCGAAACGGCCUUCAUGGGAUGAUUAUGGCCGGGCAACCACCACGGCAGAGGUAAACCCAAGUCAACUCAAACGUAUGAAGCGGAUUUGCUUGCAAUCCAAAACAAGUCCCUUCCAGUUCCUUUUCGCCGCUUUCCGGGCAUUUCUAUACCGUUACACCGCAGACAAAGAUCUGACGAUCUUGAUGGUGGAUGGAAAUCGACCCCACGCGGACUUGAGCGACGUGCUGGGAUUCUUUGUCAACAUGACACCGAUUCGCUGCCAAACCACGUGUGAGAGCAGCUUCGAAGCUCUUUUGUUAUCUACGAGAGACCGUAUCUUAGAGUCCAUGUCCCACAGUACCGUGCCAUUUGACGUGAUUGUCACCCAAACCCAACAAGAACGAAGUACUGGUCACUUCCCAUUGGGCCAGGUUAUGAUCAAUUAUCAGCAACCCGAUGGCCAAGACGUUUAUCAGACUAAAGAUUUUGUAAUCCAGAAGACGGAAGCACAAGAUAUGGUUUCUGGUUGUGAAUUGAAUCUGCGAGCUCGAGAGGACCCGGAUAACGCCCUUCAACUGCAGCUGGAAUACUCCACCGCGUUGUAUGGAGACACCGACAUGCAAGUCUUUUUUGAGAACUUCGAGACUUUCCUCUCCAGCCUUAUUCAAGACCACCGACAGCCGAUCGAUGAAGUCAUCAUGUCCGGUCCCAAGGAGAUUGAACGACUGGCAAACAAAUUCUGGAAUGGCCAUUCAGGAUCUCAUUCUCGAGAGCAUCCGAGCCUAACUGGACAAAUCCUCCGUGUCGCAGAGAUGCAACCGAAUGCCAUUGCCAUUACGACGUCACAGAGCCAGACCAUUACUUAUGGUUGCCUGGUUGACUCCGCUCGUCGACUAGCCUUUUCGCUACAGAGUGCAGGUAUCGGGCCCAGGCAACGCAUUGGAAUCCUCGCAACCCCGGGUAUUGACAUGGUGACGGCCAUGCUGGGAGUCUUGUUCAACCGAUGUGGCUAUGUUCCAAUGGAUCCCACCAUGGCUGUUGGACGCUUAGCAUUCAUCACUGACGAUUCCGGCAUGGAUUUACUGCUCUUCGAUGAGGCGUGCAGCGACUUAGCAUAUAAUAUUCGAUCCCAGGCUCAAGGUCAUUACGAUACUAUGAGCGUCAAGAAAGCCACUAGCUCGCAAUGGCCGGCAGACCUUCAUCAGUCUUUGCCUGGUGAUCCUUUCUAUAUGAUGUAUACUUCGGGUAGUACUGGUACACCCAAGGGUGUUCCACUUUCCCAACAAAAUGUUCACGAAAUGCUGGCAGCGAUGCAGGAACAGUUCAAAUUCUGCCCCGACGACCGGUUUCUGCACCAGAUUUCACCUUCUUUCGACCUUUCUGUGGUGGAGCUUUGGUCAUCGCUGGCCAUCGGUGCUAAGCUUUGCAUUGCCAGCAUGGGAAUACGGCAUGAUCCUGUGCUUCUCGGCGAAUAUAUGCGCCAGGAGUCUGUAACCGUCACGUACUUUACCCCAACUCAAUUUGCUCUGGUGAUAGAGCACAACGGUGCUGCCUUGACGGCAUGUCCGGACUAUCGCAUUGCGUUGCUGUGUGGAGAGCGAUUGCCCUCACGCCUCGCAGAUGCAUUCUACCGAUUAGGAUGCCCGGCGGCUCUGUAUAAUGCCUGGGGCCCAACUGAGGCAGUAGUCCAGACUACUCUCCAUCCGGUCCGCUGGCCCGAGGAUGAUGUUAUCAACAUUCCUAUUGGCAAAGCCCUUGGAAAUUGCCGACAUUAUAUCGUGGAUGGGUGCAUAAAUCCCCUACCAGCGGGGUUCGUCGGAGAAAUCUGCAUUGGAGGCCCCCAGGUAGCGACCGGGUACUGGAAUCGUCUCGAGGUCAAUCGUAAGCAGUUCGUGGAUAACUCAUUUGCCUCCGCGCACGACAAGGACUGUGGAUGGACGACUCUCUUCCGAACAGGAGACUUAGGCCGUUUCCUGCCCAAUGGAAACCUAGAGUUCCUGGGUCGCAUUUCUGGUGACAAACAAAUCAAAUUGCGUGGAUAUCGAAUUGAUCUUGGUGAGAUUGAACAUGUCCUGCACCGGUCUGUAUCACCGGAUGAGGCCCAAGGCGUUGUCGAUCUUGCAGUCGUGGCCUAUUCAACGGGCGAUGACUCAAGCUCACUGACAGACGACCGUUGGCUUGUCGCCUUCAUUGUUCCCAAGCAGCCUAUGGCCACUAUGGCUGACAAGACCAAAUUCGCCACGCUUCUGUACUCACGCGCCAAGUCUUCACUCAGUCAUUACAUGCUUCCCAACGUGUAUCAAUUUAUUGAAAAACUACCAACCACCGCCAGUGGCAAGACAGAUCGACGAGCCCUUCUCGGACUUGACAUGGAUUUCAUUCGUCCAGAUUUGGAUGGCACAGCCUCGAUUAAUUCAAGCCAGAAGUCCUCUUUGCAUGAUAGCCAAGCGCCGGCUGAGCAGGUUAGUGAAAGCACUAUCAAGACGGUCAAUCAAGUCUGGCAAGAAGUGCUCAAGCUGGACACCCCCGUACAAUCGACGGCCAAUUUCUUUGAAACGGGGGGCUCGAGCAUUCUUCUUCUCCGUCUCCAAUCCAAGCUUCGAGCAGCAAUGAAUGUCUCUCUCAGCUUGCAGGACAUGAUUCGGGGACCAACGCCAAUCCAACUAGCCAACCUGCUGCAUGGAAGGGUUCUUGGAUCCACUACCUCCCAAGAAGAAAAUACAGAUCACGUCGACUGGAUCAUGGAGACUACCCUGCCCAACCAUACUCGUUAUUAUCCUUCGGCUUCCGGGGUAAAGUCAGCUAUGACUGAUAUACUCUUAACUGGCGCAGACACAUUCCAGGGGAUUCAUCUGUUGGCCCAUCUCCUUGUUCAGCAUCCUGGUGUGAUCAUCCACGUCUUGGGCACGCAUUCCCCCCUCGACCACGCCCGCAUAUUUACGUUGCUAUUGGAGAGCAAAUUGAUCAACGAAACGCUAACGGGUGAGCAAAUUCUCACUCGUGUUCGGGUAAUCCCUGGAUUCUUGGGUCAAGAAUCCAAUUUUGGGCUCUCGCCUUCUGAGUUUGAGAAUCUUGGAAGGUCGAUAUCGACCAUCUAUCAUCUUGCCUCAGAGGUCUCCUUGCUCAAAACCUUCCACGACCUAAGACACAUUAACACUACCUCCAUUCUUUCCCUCGUUGAGCUGUCUCAUUUUGGAGGGAGCGACAUCCACUACCUGUCGACCUGGAGUGUUCCCCACCUCCAAUCCUGGUCUGACACUCAAAGCUCCCUUCCCUCCAUGAAUAUUCUGGAAGACAACGCAGGUCACUUUACUCCCCAGCCCACAAGCCAGCAUGGCUACUUCAAGUCUCGCUGGGCAGCUGAAAUGCUUCUCACACGAGCCGCAGAUCGAGGCUUCCCGGUCACCAUCUACCGGGCCUCCAGCAGCACCGGCAACACUAGCACGGGCGUCGCGUCCUCUCAAAGUGAUUUCGUCCGAGGCCUGAUCCUGGAUAUGAUUCGCCACAACGUCAUUCCAAAGGCCGGAACAACGGAUCAUCCUUUUGUAGUCGAUUUCGUUCCCGUGAACUACCUCGUCGACGUUCUCAUCCGGCUUUCGAUGCGACGGAGGAAUGCUCAGGAGGCCUUUUCCUCAACUGCAGACCUUCAAAUUUUCCACAUCACCAACCCUAGGCCCCUACCUCUGAAGCAACUUCCAGCUCUGACAGGGCUCAUUCGUGGCGAUGACAAUCCAGAUCAGAUCGGGCAACAUGUCAGUGUGGAUGACUGGCUUGCACACUCAACUCAAGGCAAUGCUGGUGAGGACGAGCAAUUACGCCGAGAGGUUUUGGGUGAUUACUUCCGGCAAGGUCAUAAUAUGUUUGCGUUGGAUCGAAGCUGCACUGAUGCUGCACUGGCCGGUGUGGAAGAUUUGACGAUUUGCCCGUCGGUAGAUGAGACAUAUCUACGGGCCUUGUGGAGGGAGUGA